AUGAAUGAGGAUUUAAAAUUAGGAUCCAUUAUAUGGCCAAACUUUACAUCCCCUUUUAGUAUUUCAUGUUACGCAAUCAGUGAGAGUUGUACCGUUCUAUCUGUUGGUAGUUAUGAGGGAAGCAUUAUUUUGUUUAAAGUGGAUCAGAAUGAGAAUGGUACCAAUAAUGACAUUACUUCGAAGUUUGACAAGGCUGACAAGAUUGACAAGUUUGAUAAGUUUGAGAUAACUGCAAACACUGAUAACAUCAGUAGAGGUGGUGUAAGUUGUGAAAGUGCUAGCUUUCCAGGUUCUAAUGAAACAAUCGGAACGUGCAGAAACAAUGAAGGAAUGACACAUGUCCCCACUGAUGGAAUACACAAAGAUGAGUUUAAAAAAAAUUUAGGAUAUAAUGGCCUUAUCAGUGUUCAGAAUAUACGUCAGGGGAAUAAGGAUGGGAGUAAUAAAACCUUGAUGAGUAACAAAUGUGUUGGUAGAAAUGACAUGGAUGAAAUGGAUAAUCUGAGAAACACGAAUGAAGAAGAUAAACAUGUUGAGAAGGAGACAGGCAAAAAAAAACAGAUCAAUGUUGAUGGAACCAGUGCAUAUUAUUACUGUCAGAGGAACGGCAGCCCGAGGAGGAGCAGCUCAAGAAGGAACAACCCGAGGAAUAACCCGAGGAAUAACCCGAGGAAUAACCCAUCUAAUCGAAUAAACCUUCUUCCAUACUGUGUGUUGUUAAACAACAACAACAACACAUGCAAUAACAGCAUCGUGCAGUUAUGUUUUGGAUUGUCAUGUUCAUCUCUGAUCGAAUGCAUAUCAAAAGAAAUUUUAAUUUCACUUCAUUUAGAUAACUCCAUAUGUUUCUGGUCCCUGGAUGAGGGAAGAUGUUUUCGCGUUGUAAAAAAUUUCGAUUUUUUUAUUUACAAUUUAAGGAUUUUACCAGACAGGAGAUUUUUACUUUUGUGUGGUGAUAAGAAAGUUCUACUAAUGGAUCUGUGGGGUAAUAAAAGCAAAGAGAUAAUUGCUCAUUUGAUUUUAGAUAAUUAUAUAAAAAGAAAGAAUCAUAAAGAUGAUGAUGAUGAUGCUGAUGUAGAUAGUGAAAAAAAUGGAUAUAUAAAUGGAAUUUCUACUGGGAUUCUAAGUUCAAACCAAAGUAAUACAAUUAAUUGUGUUUCUUCUAAUCAGAAUUACUUCAUUGGAGAUUCUCAUGAUAGACAUCAUUCAUCUUCUUCAAGUUCGGAAAAUUGGAAUGAAAUGAAGUUUAUGCAUAGAAGGAAUGGUAUUAUAGAUGAUACAGCAGGUUGGGGAAGCGAAAGAAAAAAUUUUAUAAAUAUAGCAGAAAAAGAGAGUGAACUAGUGGAGGGAGAUGCGUUGGAAAGGCAAGAAAAAGAAGCAGCUGAUAUAAAAAGUUUUUUUAAAAAAACCUACACAAGAGGGAUAAGUACAAAUUUUCACAGUACUAGUGAUAGUUGUGGUACUAGCGGUGCUAGCAUUGAUAGUGGAGGCAAUAGUUCCCAUAGUAACAGUAAAGCAAAAGAUGGUAUUAACAAACGAGGGUGGAAUAAUUAUGCAUUACAUAAAGAAGAUGACAAUUUUGGAGAAAAGAAGAGAGAAAAGCUUAAGAAGAAAAGGAGUACUAGUUUGGAUCAGGUAAGAAUUUGCUGCAUUGCAACAGGACAAGUUCCAUAUCUAAAAGAAGGUAAUCAACGAUCCCUCAUUCAAUGCUUUAAAAUAUUGAAGAAAAAAUUAUACAGCACAUAUGAGAAAAAGGAAAGCUCCCAAAAAGUGUUACUACAGAAUAACAAUGUAGAUAUGAAUGGUAAUAACUCUGUAUCAUAUCAAAAUGAAGAAUAUAUGAAAAUGAAACAAGAGGAAGUAAAUAAGAAACUAAAUAAUUUAUUUAACUGUCCUGUAAUUAUUGUUGCUUCGUUAAGUAAUGGUGAUAUUAUUUGUUGGGAUUUGACAGAUUUUUUAAAUUUUUACAAAGGGAAAUGCAGAUUUGUCAUAAGAAUAGAAAAAACAGAACUUGAUUUAUACAAUGAAAUUGUAAAUGAAAUUACUGAAAAUUGUAUAAUGGAUGAAUUAUUAAAAAGAAAAAUAAUACAAACAUCACAUGACGUGAAUAUAAAAUCUAAUGAAAGAUCUUUGAAAAAUGAACCUAUUUUUGAAGAACAUAAUGGAUUGUAUACUAUUGAACCCAAUUUGAUUUCUAAUUUGACACCAUCGGAAAAUUUUUUAGAAAUAGCUACUAAUGGAAAUUCAAGUCACAUAGGAGUUAUAGAUAGCUAUAUUAUCAUUCUUCAGAAAACACGAUUAAUUAUAUAUGAAAAGAAGGAUUGUUCUUCUCAUUUUAUUCCACUUAUGGAUUUGUUUUGUCCAGAUUAUCACCACAAUUUGCAUAAGAAGAAAAGGAAAAAUCCGCAUUGGGUUGGCAUACAGAUCGUGAGACGAACAUGCAGAAACAAUGGAGCAAAAAGUAAAUCAUUUAACAUGAUGCAGAUGUUAUCAAAGAAUGUAUGUGGAUAUGUAAUUGCUUGGACUACGGAAGGUAAUUUUUAUAGUUAUACAUUACCACUAAAAUUUUCUAGUUUGUUUUUAUCUUUUCAAUCAAAUAUAAAAUCAUUUUUUUUGAUGAGGAUUCGGAAGAAAUAUUUGGGUUCUAAUAAAACUCCUAUUCCAAUAGUACUUUACAAGGAACGCAUAAAUAAUAAAAAUGGAUUGAUGGAAGAUGGAGAAGUAAAUAGAAUAAGUAAUCACAAUGAAUGUGGAAGUAAUUAUAACAAUAGUAACAAAUAUGUGAUAAAAAUAAAUGAUAGUACAGAAAUGUCUUCAAAUUAUUUGAAGAGUAAUUUUUCUAUGGAAUCCCAGAAAUCGAAAAAUAAUUCAAAUGACAAUUUUGUUAAUUUUAAAACAAUAUGUAGUGAAAAUUUAAAUUCUUUAAAAAGUAACAUGAUAUUUGAAAACACAAGAGUAAGUAAAGAUAAUCUGAACAAAUCUGAUUUAAAUAAAUAUCCCAAAAGUAAGGAAGAUUUAUUAUUCUUUUUUAUCAACAGAAAAUAUGCCCAUAGAGUAGUCCUCUAUGAAUGCUUGCACAAUACAUGGUUUAAGACAACCGAAUUGGAAAAGGUAUGGCUUCUUCCCAAGAAGAAAAAAUUAAUACAAGAAAUUAAUCAAAUGAAAGAAAGAAAUAGUGGUGUUAUCAUAACAGGAAGAGAAAAUGAAAAAGGUAGAUGUAGCAAUAAAAACAGUAGAGAGUUUUAUUGGGAUCCAUUUGAAUGGCUAACUAUGGAACAUGUCAUUUCCCCAAGUGUUCGUAGAUGCAGUGAUCUUCUUUCUGAUAUGCUUCAUGAAAAAAUACUAAUGAGAAAGAGAAGUAUACAAGAUGAUGAACAUAUGGAAAGAGGAAAAAAUAUUGUCACGUACGCAAUGGCAGAACGGAAUUUGAACAUAUACAUUUUUAUAAGUUUCAGGAAUGGUCAUGUAAUAUGUGUUCUAAUUAAUUCAUUUGGAAAAUUUCCUCGUUUUAAGUUAUGGGAUUCAAAAGAGGAACAAUUAAAAGUAUCUGGUCAUAAAUUUAUUUAUGAAUUACCCAUUCCAAAUUGCUUGUUGAAGAAAAAAGUAUUCAUAACAGCCCUGUAUCAUGUGAAAUGUUACUUAUUGGGUGGAUCGAGCAAUGGAGACAUUUUAAUAUGGAAUAUAGGAACUUUUAAAUUAAUAAAAUUUAUAAGGUCUUGCCAUUUUAACUAUGUUCGCAGUAUUCAUAGUGUUAUCGAGGAGAGUGGUACGAGAAAAGAGAAUAUAACAGAUGAAUACAAUCAUCAUAAGAUGGAAUCCAUGUGGGUUCUAACAUGUGAUGCCAGUAAUAGUUUAAUUUUGAUAAAUUUGAACGAAAGCAAUUGUGAAGAGAAGAAAAUUUCAAAUAUAUUUUGUAAAAAUGAUGGAUAUAAGAUAGCUAUUACAACAGAUGAUGAAUCUAUAGAAAAAAAAGAAUUAGAGGAUCGAAAAAGAAAAAGAAAAAAAAAAAUUAUUUUUCUAAAUUAUAUGAGAUCUUUUUUAAAAAGAAAGAACUUAUAUAAGAACAAAAAUAAAGCAGAAGAAAAUAAACAAAGCUUAUUGCACAUGUUAAAAAUAAAGAAAGAUUUAAAAAUGAAGUUAUUAAAAAAUUCCUAUUAUCCUACAUUCCCCAGUAAUAAUAAAUCCAUUCGUAAUUCAAAAAUGGACUAUUUGAAAUUAAAAAAAAUGAUACACAAAAUAAAAAGGAAAGGAAAUCAAGCAGAUGUAAAAAAUAUAAUUAAUGUAUGUCUCUAUUGUUCUUUUAAAAAAUUAGAAAAAAAAAAUGAAAUCAAUUUUAAGUUAAUAAAUCACGUGUACAUAAAUACAUUUUCUUCCUUGCUUUACAUCACCUCGUUAAACAAUUUCGUCUUCAUAUAUAAUUAUAGAAACGGAAAAUUUUUAAGAUCUCUCUAUGACUCAGACUUUGUAUCCAUGUCGGUCAUUCCUACAGAGACAUGUCACAUGAAACUGGGAGUAAACCUUACUUCAGUUCACGUUUUAAAUAAGAUACGAAGGUGUGUAAGCUAUGGAGGAAUCGACACGAGAAAUUGCACGAGAAGUGACAUGUACAAUGACAAUAGUAGUGAUAUAAGCAACAAGUGUUAUAACAUGAAAAGGGCAGCAAUCAAUAUAAUCCCUCAAGGGAAAAUAAAAAAUGAGGAACAUGGAGAAGAAAUAAAUCAAUUGGCAAAAGGUGAAAAUGAAAUUAUUGAAGAAUGUUACUACUCUGCAAGAAAGAAGGAAAAGAAUAAACAUACAAAAUUGACGAGAAGUAUGAACGAAAAAAAUUAUAAUAGCUAUAUUGUGAAGAGUACAAUACCAGUUAUAAGCUUCGUAUUGUUUAGAGAUAAGAAUUUAUCAAAAAAAGCUUUCCCUUUAACUAAAUUUUUAUUUCCUUUUUUUUUGCCUCCUAAAUGUGUACAUCUAUGUAAAGAGGCAUUUCCAUUUCUUGUAAGUUUUCCAUCGAUCCCGUUUUCAUUAUGUAUUCAUGGUAAAGAAUCAACCCUUUCAACUUUGAUUCCCUUUUCAACACAAAUAUAUUACUUUUCAAAAAUGCAUUCAAUUAAACAUGGUAGAUAUGAAGGAAAUAUGUACAUUACCAUUAGUGGUAAAAGGAGAGAUGAACGCAAAAUUCAAGAAAAAAAGAAAAAAGAAAAAUUUAUUUUGGAUUCUUUACACUUAGAUCAACCAUAUAUAUAUAAUGGAAAAUUUAAAAAAAACAUUUUUUUAAGUGAUAAAUAUAAGAAGAAGUAUAUAAUGCUGGGAUUAAAAAUGGGCAGUUUAAAGAGAAGAUGUAUUGAUUUUAUGCAAUUUUCAGAAUAUAAAAAUUUGCAAAUGGAUAGAGAUGACCAAUGUUGCCGUAGUGUAACCAAUUUGGAUGAACCUACAUGUUUGAGAACAGACCCGAAUUGUAUACGGGGAGCAGAUGGAAAAGGAAAGAAAACUGAGAAUUUUAUUAAUCACACAGAGGGAGAAAAGAAAACUGAGAAUUUUAUUAAUCACACAGAGGGAGAAAAGAAAACUGAGAAUUUUAUUAAUCACCCAGAGGGAGAAAAGAAAACUGAGAGUUUUAUUAAUCACACAGAGGGAGAAGAAAAAACUACACAGACAAAGGUUAAUGAUGUUUUAUCAAAUUCCAGCUGUGUUUGGAAUACCGUUGGAGUGUCUAAAAUAAGGCUCAGGAACCGAACAAAGAGGAAAAAGUAUCACAUGCUACAGUAUAACUAUUACAAAGAUUUAGGGGUUAGGAAGAGGAACAGCAGGGAGAGAAUAGAAAGUUCGAUACAAUGGUUCUUGAAAUAUUCUGAUGAUGACAGUUCGAAUUAUUCUUCAGACAAAUCCAGCAUAUAUUUGUAUGUCAAAAAAAGUUGUAUUCAGCAGUAUCCAGAUGAGAAACGGGUUCAGGAUAUGCAUGAACAACAUCGUAAUAGGAACUUUCGAAGAAAGAAUGUACAUAACAAAGUACACAGAGAGUUAUGUAAAGAAUCAAAAUAUAGAUAUUUUUUAUUUGAAAAUAAUUCGAUUGAAGUACACUGUAAUAGCGUAUAUGUGAAAACAUUGUACUGUUGCUUCUUACUCAGAUUUUUAAACAUGUGGUGCACUAGCAACAAGAGAGGGAGAUACAACCAAUUGGUUUUAUUCAAUUUAAAAAGAUACAUUAUUGAUAACCUUCCUGAAAGCUGUAGUGUGAAUUUAUUCCUGUUGAGUUACAUAUCUAUGUAUCCAUAUGACAAGAGUAUAAGAAUACAAUUACAAAGGUUCAUGUGUACAGUUAUUGAAAAUAUAAAUGAUAAAACAUUAGAUAAGUAUACAAAAACUGCAACUGAAAUAUUAAGAAUAAAUAAUAAAAAGAAAAGAAUUAUUGAAAAAAAUAUAGAUGAAAUAUCUUUAUAUGAUACUACAGGGACAUAUGUUAUUACUAUUAUAAUUCCAAAAGUAGGAUCUUUUUUCUUUUAUCCGUUUAUUUAUGCAGAUGAGAUAUGUCUAACUUUAUUAUUAUUAUUACUUUUAGUGAAACCUCAAUAUUUAAGAAGAUCAAAAACUUUAUACACCAAUGCAAGUAUGAUAACUCUAAUCGUUCAUCAUAUAUGUUAUUACAUAUUUGUGGACACACAAUAUUUGAUUGAGAAAAAUAACAAAUUUAACAAAUUUAAACUAUUUCAUUUUAUUCAUCUACUGUCAUUAAGCUUUUCUAUUACGUGGGAUUUUCAUGUAUUAAUUCAGAGAGGUAUUUUUACAAACAAUAUGAAAAAUAUUUCAUAUAUUUCUUUCAAUUUACAUUUUAAAAAGGAGGACUUUAAAUUGAAUGAACGUAUGAUCAAUGAGAACUAUUUUAAAACAUUGAAGGAUUAUUACAUAUUAACUAAUUCUUUUGGAAUCGGUGAUUCGAUAUGUGAUGCAACUGUUCCCUUUGCAUGUGGUGCAAUGCCUAUUGCUGGAAGUGAUAAAACGAUACAUAAUUCUUUAGGUGAAAUAAAUUUGAAAAAUUAUUUAGACGAUUUUAUUGGUUAUGGAGAUAACAAAGGUAGUGAAUUAGAAUCCGAGAGAGAAGAAGAACAACUUUCUCUCAAUUCCUAUGAAAAUGUUUUUUCAGAAAUACACAUUGAAGAUAGAGGUGCAUUACAUGUAAAAUCGAAUGACAUUUUGGGUUUCGGUUCAACGAGUAUGGAACCAUCAUCACAUAUCAUGGUUAGUAAAGAUGAAGGAGAAAUUCCUAGUGGGAACAUCACUGAAGUUGUUAAUGAGGUGAAUCUAUCAGAGUCAUUUCAACCUGGUCAGAUUAUUAAAGAUGGAUUAGAAGUAAAUUCACUCCUAAGGCAAAUGUCUGUACCAGCAGUAGGAAGAGGGAAAAAAAGAUACGGUAAUGAAUUGCAAUAUGUGACAUAUGAAGAAAAUAAAAUAAUGCAAAAUCAGAUGAAUAGGAGAAAAUCACAAAUAAAUGAACAUAACUAUAUAAGUAUAUGUCAUUUUAUAUUAAAUAUAUUCGACUUAUACACCUUGUCUUUGAACAAUAUAAGUUUUCUUAAAAUAUUAAUUAACACUGGAAGAAUUGAACCAUACUUGUUUUUGAAAACAUUACAUUAUAUAACGAAUAAUGUACAGAAGCGAGUAUCAUGCAUGAAUAAGAUUCUAUUUCUUUUAAUUAUUUUAAUGAAAAAUUAUAAGUGUGUAUUUUUAUUGUAUAUGGAUAUUAUUAUUGAUAUUCUUUUAAAUUCCCUGGAUCCUUCGAAUAAUGUCAGAAUUCUUUGCCUAAAAUUAUCCACGAGCUUAAUUUAUACCCUAGUUAAACAAUAUCCUAUUUGUUGUUUUAAUAAAUUUACGCAACGAUUAGCAGUAGCAAAUAAUAUGAACAAGUGCAUAUAUUUAUAUGAUUUAAAGAAUGCAAAAAAAUUAAAAAUAUUUCAAGGACAUAAGAAAAAUGUCGAUUGUAUUAAGUUCAACACUACGGGAACUUGCUUGGCAUCUUAUUCUAAGUUAGAUUUAUCUUUCAAAAUUUGGAAUUGCACAAAUGCAGGACUGUUUAGCGGAUUCUUAAAAGUUCAAUCCAAAUGUGCCAGGGAUAUACAACUUUCCAGAAUCAAGUUGAGCUAUUUGUAUUUAUCCGACGAUUAUAUAGAUAUUACAUUUAAGAAGAAAAACGAAUGGGCUUUGCGUCGAGAGGACAAUACGGUCUAUUUGAUAUACAUCUAA